UGAGAAUUGAUCAGUGAAGUUACUGCCCUGCUUCCAUCUUGCGUUAUUCUGAGUGUACUUUUUUAUUGUUUAUAUCCAGGAUAGAGCAAAUAAUGGGGAGGAAACUGGAUCUAUCUGGUUUGACAGAUGAUGAAGCAGAGCAUGUUCUUCAGGUGGUCCAACGAGAUUUCAGCCUUCGCAAGAAAGAAGAAGAGAGGCUGAGUGAAAUGAAGCAGAAACUCGAUGAAGAGGGUAACAAGUGCAGCAUCCUUUCUAAGCAGCAGAAGUUUAAUGAGCACUGUUGCAUUCGCUGUUGCUCUCCUUUUACGUUUCUCAUCAAUAGCAAGCGGCAGUGCCAAGACUGCAAAUACAACAUCUGCAAGAACUGCAGCUCCUAUCAGAAGAAGGACAAGGCAUGGCUCUGCAAUGUCUGCCAGCAAGCUAGACUCCUAAGGACCCAGUCCCUGGAAUGGUAUUACAAUAAUGUGAAAAGUCGCUUCAAGCGUUUUGGUAGUGCCAAAGUCCUGAAGAAUUUAUACAGAAAACAUAGACUGGAGAGUGGUGCUUGUUCUGAAAUAAUAGAAGGAAGCUUUUUUGAAGGAAGCAUAGAAAAUGAAGGAAGCAUUUGUGGCAGUGACUCUACAUUCUACAGACAGACAGAAGGACAUAGUAUGAUGGACACCCUAGCUGUGGCCUUACGUGUGGCAGAAGAAGCAGUAGAAGAAGCCAUUUCCAAGGCAGAGACAUAUGGUGAAAGCCUGGACAAACAGAACGAGGCUUGUUAUUUACGGGAACAUAAGGAGGAACUGAUUGAAGAGCUUGCCACUACCAUAGUGCAGAAGAUUAUAAGAAAGCAAAAAAGUAAAGCUGAGCAGGCGGAGGCUGAUUUUAAUUGGCCACAGUCCAGAAGCAGCGGUCUGGCAUCUGUUGCUGUUUCAGAUCAGAGCAUGCUGACUUUUCCGGGCAGUCGCAGGGGAUCCUACACAUUAUGGAGGUCUCAGUCUGCAUUCUCACUGACUAGUGAAGAUACACCAAGCAAAGAUCUGGACCUAGCGUCAUCUAUGCCUGAGAUUCUUUGGAGGCAGCAGAAAGGCCUAGUCAGGAGACAGAGGGAACACAAACUGUCUGCGUUACCUAGCUGGAAAAGUGUGGACAGACUGAAUGAAACAAGUCCACCUCCUGUUUUACAAAGCACUGAUGGGAACUGGGUGGCUUUGCAGAGCAUUACGUUGCCUCGCCCUAGAAUGCUUGCCAAACCAAAGAGCCAAGUAUUCAAAGCUUUGGAGAAUGAAUCUAGUGUUGUGUCUGCUUAUGACGAGAUGGGCUCGGAUAGCGAGGACGACUACGACUGGAAUGUGGCCUUGAACAAGCUGCGUCGGAGGCCCAAGCAGUUGUCCGAGGAUUCUUAUUAUACCGAUUCCCAGUACAAUACUGAAUGGGCUUAUGGCAGUGAUCCGUACCAGCCAGUGACCUCACCUUCAUCUGGGCUAUACACCAAUACAGAGACGGUGUACUCUGAUUCUGAAACAUCUUCAGUAAAUUCCUCAAGAGAGGCUAGAGAAUCUAGCAAACUUCCCUGGCUACAAAGGAGAACUCAGAGUGACAAACCCAGAGUGGAAAAAGCACAUUUACAUGGAGAACUGGAUGUAAAUUUCAAUCCACAGGCUGACAGUUUAGAGUAUUCAGAUAGCAGUGAGACUGAGGAAGUCCAUUAUGAUUUAGAAAAGAGGUCUAGAAGGUGGAGAAAGAGCAAAAUUGUCUCAGAAGAAUUAAGUGAAGGAAAAAAUCACACAAAAACCCACAAGAAGAAUUUGAGCACAAAUCAGGUUUCUGAGGAUUUAUCAGAAGCUGAUAUAAGCAGUGAGGAUCAACACCAUAAAAUCAAGACAGACCUUGUUGAGGAAAAGCUUAAAUCCGAGUUAUUUGAACUAGCUGCUAAAAUGAGUGACAAGGAAACCUCUUCUGGUGAAGAGCAGGAGUCAGAGCCUAGAACAGAAUCGGAGACCCAGAAGGAAAGUUUGUCCUCAGAAGAAAAUGGCAAAAACAUUCAGGAAGAGUUGAAGAAGAAGUACUCUGCUGUCUCUCUCUGCAACAUAUCUACAGAGGUCCUAAAAGUCAUCAAUGCCACAGAGGAACUGAUAGCAGAAUCCACCGGUCCCUGUGAUUUCCCAGCAGAUACUCAUGACAGAGGGAGAGGGGCAUUUCCAUUAGGUACAGACCCUAUCAGACUCGAUGAGCAGCUCACCACCUUGGAAGAAAAUGUGUAUCUGACAGCAGGCACUGUGUACGGGUUAGAGGGUCAGCUGAAUGAAUUAGAGGAUGCAGCACGCAAAAUCAACAGUGUUACAGCGGAAUCGGAACUAGCUGAUCUGGAGGAUCAGGUAGCAACAGCAGCAGCACAGGUUCAUCAUGCAGAGCUUCAGAUUUCAGAUAUCGAGAGCAGAAUUUCAGCUCUUAGUGUUGCAGGCUUGAACGUGGCUCCAUGUGUUCACCUAACAAGAAAACGGGAUCAAAAGCAAAUGAACCAGAUGCAAACAAUAGACACAUCAAGACAGCAGAGGAGAAAGCUGCCAGCUCCACCGGUAAAAGGUGAAAAUAUUGAUGCUUCUCCAGUUACUACUGUUAGAACAUUUAACAGAAACUUUAUGCUCCAAGGAUCUCUAACACAAAGAACUAAAGAGAGAAAAAGCACUGCCAAGGACUUGAUGGAACCAACUAUAGGAUCUGCUGUAAUGUACUAGACUUACAAAACUACUGCCAAUAACACACUGCCUAAGGCUGUACACUAUAGUGCCUUUAUUUAACAGCCAUUGUAUAUGUCCAAUGGAAAACGGACCCUCGAGAACCCACAAUGCCUCAGUAAUAGGGCUUUGUUUGGAUACCUCACUGAGAAAGCUGUCCAGCAUUGUGGUCUGCUAAUGGAAACUCUGCCUUAAAGUUCUCAUGAGACUCCAGAAAGGAUACUGAGUUUCAUAAGCAAGGCUCCAUGUUUUAAGAUGCACUUUUUUUCCCCCAUUGAUUGUACUAAAGUAUAUUGUCUUUAAAAUACAAUAUGUUUUUGUAUACUUAAUUUAACCAUAAUUGUUGGUCAAUAUUUCAUGUGAAGAGAAAGGUAAAAAACAAACCUGUGAUCCAUAUUUGCUGGCACGUUUGACACUGAGUUCAGUGUUUGUAGAUCAGUCCCAAUAUCAUUUUCUAAAAGACCCUCUGUAUGCUGAUAGAGCAACUUUGGCUGAGUUAUUAUUCUAUCUCCAGACCUGGGCUGUUUGGAUGCUAAAGGAGCAGUUUACAUUUGCGAUAGGC